UGUACCAGUGCAGGCGAAGGUCACGUGGCCGCGCCAGCUGGGUGCCGGCUCCGGCUGCCAUCGUCCGCACUUGUCGCCGGCAGUUUGGUUGCUCAGGGUGUGCAGGCCGCUUUCUUGAAGCGACCCACGCACGGGACAAGCGGCGUUUGCUGUCGAGGGUGGAUCAGCACGCCUCAGCGGAGAGGAUGGGUCAGUGCGGGAUAACGUCGUCCAAGACAGUCCUGGUGUUUUUAAACCUGAUAUUCUGGGCGGCAGCAGGUAUCCUGUGUUACGUGGGGGCCUAUGUCUUCAUUACGUAUGAUGACUAUGAUCACUUCUUUGAAGAUGUGUACACACUGAUUCCUGCAGUUGUCAUCAUUGGGGUUGGGACUCUGCUGUUCAUCAUUGGCUUGAUCGGCUGCUGUGCCACGAUUCGUGAAAGUCAGUGUGGUCUGGCAACUUUUGUGCUGAUCCUCCUAUUAGUUUUCAUCACAGAGUGGGUUGUUGUCGUACUUGGCUAUAUCUACAGAGCAAAGGUGGAGGAUGAAGUUGAUAAUAGUAUUCAAAAAGUGUACAAUGAAUACAAUGGAACAUAUCCAGAUGCUGCCAGUCGUGCAAUCGAUUACGUACAAAGACAGCUGCGUUGUUGUGGCAUCCACAAUUUCUCUGAUUGGGAAAAUACACAGUGGUUCAAGCAGACAAAGAAUAAUAGUGUACCAAUCAGCUGCUGCAGAUCGGGUGUCAGUAACUGCACAGGCAGCAUGCAACGUCCUUCUGACCUGUAUUCAGAGGGAUGCAAGGUUCUAGUGGUGAAUAAGCUACAGGAAAUCAUGAUGUACGUCAUUAUGGCUGCUUUGGCAUUUGCAGCUAUUCAGUUGCUGGGCAUGCUGUGUGCCUUCGUUGUGCUGUGCAGGCGGAGUGGCGAUCUUGCCUACGAGCCCCUUAUUCCUGGAGGGACCUAUGCAUAAGCUGUUGCCUGGGUGUUCUGUUCUCCCCUUCUCACCCCUCCCAAAUCCCCUCAAUCAGCCUGCCAUUUCCAUCAUUGGAAAGCUCAGACUGGGUUUCUGGCAUUGAAGUGGUUCUUUUGUAUAUAUCAAGUAAAUCUAAAGCACAUUUCACAGUCCAAGCUGCUGGGUUUAGUUCGCACAAAAGUGCACACUCAAUGGGUGCACCGAGAGACCCUGUAUAACUAGUAGAGAUUAAACUGUACAAAAAUGACUACUAAAACUGUAGCAAUCAAGGAAACUGUAAUCGCUAACUGAUCAUUUUGAAACUGAUCUUCCAAGAUUUAAGCAUUAACUUUAUUGUCCUUAGCCUAUCAACUGAAUUUUGUUUUAGUUUGACUGUGUACUAUCAAAAUAUUUUACAUUGUAUAGUAUUUUUUCCAGUUUGUCUGUGUAGUGAGUUAUAAUGAGAAGUUUUAUGUUGUCCCUUGAAAUAAUGCAGCCUUUUAGCAAGGAUCGGGUAUGUGAACUGAAUUAAUGAAAAUAAAGAUUGUUGAAACCAAA